AUGGAUCCUGGACUGUCGUUGCGCACGCAGAAGACGCUCAAGGACCUUCUCCCAGCCUUUUCGGCAAGCGCCCCACUGCAACAACCUUUCAACCCUUUCUCCACGAUUAUCGAUCUCUCGCGCGCUGUAAACGAGGUCCUGCAUCCAGAGCUGCUCGAGUUCUUCAAAGGCACUGUUGAAGAUAAAAUCACGAGUGAGGCGUUCGCGGCUCCUGCUGCAUCGCUCAACGGCGGCGAUCCACGGCUGCGCGAUGCACUAGCUUCAUUCUUCAAUACCUACUUCAAACCGAUUCAUGCCGUGAGGCCUGAGCAUAUCGUUCUUACAGCAGGCGCGACUGAUGCUAUCGAGAACGUGAUCCACGCUGUUUGCGACGAUGGAGACAGUGUUCUUGUCCCUGGUCCGCAUUGGCCAGGAUUCGAGAUUGUCCUGAAGCGGAAAGCAAAGGUCGACGUCAUUGCCGCUAGGCCACCAACGUACGCACAUUGGGACAACUACCUUCUCCCUUCUCUCCAGGCGGCAUACGACUUCUCAGACAAGAAGUCCCGCAUCAAGGCUGUCUUGCUUUGUAACCCAAACAACCCACUCUCGAGAUGCUACCCACGAGAGACCUUACUCGAACUGAUAGAGUUUUGUCAAGAGAGAGGUUUGCAUUUAAUAUGCGACGAAGUGUUCGCACUCAUUAGCGUGAACGGAGUUGACAGCAAGGCACCUCGUUUCGUGAGUGCCCUGUCUUUGACGGAACCAUUUGUACCAGAGGGCGCAGUCAAGGUAGAUCCAAGCCGAGUUCACGUUGUUUGGAGCGCGAGUAAACUCUUCGGCAUGAGCGGGUUAAAAGCAGGUUGUAUCGUAUCACAACAAAACCCUUCACUCCUCAAGGCCAUGGCUCUAACAUCCACCCACCCAUCGUCCAUCUCAACUCUGUAUCUCAGUUCCCUCCUCACUUGGUCUCAACUCCCCAUCCUACUGGCCCUGAACCCCGAGCGUCUUUCGCUUUCCUACAACAUCCUUGCUUCCUUUCUCCGCCGGCAUAACAUCGAUUUCGUGGCGCCCACGCAUGGUCUUUUCCUGUUUGCUCGGCUGGCAAACAAGGCUGUGACGAUACAUGACGAGAAAGCAUUUUUCCAGGAUUUGGAACUGCGGAGUGGGAUCAAGGUGGCACCAGGCGGAGGUUUCAAUGGAGUUGAGAAGGAUGUUGGAUGGGCUCGGAUGCGGUUUUCAAUCAGCGUUGAGGACAUGGAAGAAGCGGUCGAGAAACUGGAGAAUUUUUUCAAGAAGACCGGAUAA